UAAACCACCAGCAGUGUGAGUGAGUGAGUGAGUGUGUAUGUGUGUGUGCGUGCGUGCGUGUGUGAGUGUUGUAGGAUCAGUUAUUGCUGCAGGAAAAAAAAAACCAAACACUUCGUUAUUCAAGUCAAAAUGCAUCCAGUCAGAGUGUCGAUCCCGUCGUUUCGCUCAGAAAACAACUCGAUCGAGAGAGGAUACACGGUCUUUAAAAUUGAUGUGCUGAUGAAUGGCAGACAACAUGCUCUUGAGAAACGCUACAGCGAAUUCCACGCUUUGCAUAAAAUGCUAAAGAAGAGCAUAAAGCCACCUGAGAUCCCUUCGAAACAUGUAAGAAACUGGGUUCCCAAAGUCCUGGAGCAGAGGAGGCAAGGUCUGGAGCUCUAUCUGCAGACUAUAAUUAUGGAAAAUGAAGUUCUUCCAAAGAUAUUCCUGGAUUUCCUGAAUAUCCGCCAUUUUCCUUCAGUGCCAAAAACAGAAAGCUGUGGCUCAUUUGACACAGAAUCAGAGGAAUCAAGUAAACUUUCACAUCAGCCAGUCUUGCUCUUUCUGAGAGACCCCUACUUGCUGCCAUCUGCACACGACCCAUUUUCAAAUGUUGUGAUUGAAGGUGUGGUACAUGGAGUUUUCUACCCAGAUCUUCAGCCAAGGUAGAGCGACAGAGCUGAAGCUGAAGCUGAGGGACUGUCACUACAGAUGGAUGCUUCAUAUUUCACACAAUGUUAGAUGUGCUUCAGGAAGGACAUGUUAAAAUACACUGAACCUCAUUUUCAUUUCCCAAAAGCACAGAACAAAAGUCCAUUACAGAAAAAAAAGGAAGCCUACUCACUCAGCAAUAUCACUUAUACCAGUUUUCCAUUGUCACCCAGUGCACAUUACCAUCAGUUGUUAUUAAUGCACCAUAUUGACCCAUAUUAAUUUGCUUAAUUAUCCUAACAAAAACGCUUGAGUGAACAAUAUUUUGAGGCAUUAGAAAAAUCAUUAAGAUGCCAUAAUCAAGAUUAUUUUCAGAAAUUAUAGAGUUGAAUACUUUAUAAAUGAUCUCAUCAUAUACUUUCCUUGUUUCUUAGGAAAGUAAUCAGUAAAACAAACAUUCAGGAUCAACUGAAAAUAGAAACAUGAUGUUGAUCAAAGAGGGGAGAAGUGGUUUUUGAAAGAGUUCAAUUUUUAGUUGAGGACACUCCAGUUCUGAGGAGCCAGAAAACAAAUGUGGAUGUCUGCUGGAUAGGAGGUUAGUUUGCCAGAGACAGAGGAAUGUUUUUGGCUUGCUGGGACAAAAAGCUGGAGCAGCAAACAGGGAGGUGCCACCACUCCCUUUGUGUCACCAGCACUGUGGGUUUUGAACCAUCUGCAGGGAGCCAGCUGAGGGAUGUGGCAGGACAACGUGGAUACAUUUUGAGAGAGUGAAGAUUUGCAUACCGGUGGAGGUGACAGCUAUGUGCUGAAUGUUUGGGUGGAAAUGAGAUGUUGAGUUUCUAUAAAUAGGUUGUGGCAGUGAUGUGGACCGCAUUUAUCAAACACUGUGGUGUUGACAACAGUGCUAGUGAGCUCUGUGUGGAGCGUCUAUAUGAGCAGCUUAGUUUUGUUCAGUGAUUAACUGGAAAUUUUGGGCAAAAAGCCAAUUUGAAAUGUAACUACAACAGACAAAAAUAUGUGGCACAACUUGUGAGUGCAGAAAGACAUGUUUAGCUUGAGGUGGGUGUCAUCACAGUCACAAAACUGAUGUUGACCAAGCAAUUAAAAGAGACUUACUGUAGAGUGUGCUCCAUUUCUUAUUUAUGGGUUAGGGUAACCCAUAAAUAACUUGCUUUAUUGACCUCCCUCUAAACUUCCUCUUCAUGUAUGACAUGAAUAAGAGAUGCAAUGAUGAGUCUUUAAAAAAAGCCUGUUGGAACUAUUUAAAAGGUUUGACCUGCACAUGACACACAACCUCUCUCCUACCUAAGAAAAUCAGGACCACAUUUGUAUCUGAGCAGAUAAAAUGUUAACUCGAGAGGGAAAACACUGUAUUAAUCAUGAAAUGAAAGCAGAAAUUCCUUGUAUUACUGUUAAAACAAGCUUGUACCCUUCUACAAUUCAGUAUUGUCUUUGAUCUCACACCAUUUACUCCACACACAGGCUUGGUAGGUGAAGGUCCAAGUAGAUUUUUGCAAUUAGAUUUCAUUUUGUGCAUGAAAAUAAUCCUUUGAUUUUGUGUGGGAGCAGGAAAAACUCUUCAGAUAACACUCCUUUAGGGCCAGUACCUAACACUAAUUCUAGUGAUAUUACAUUUCAUGAUGAAUUUAGACUCAAUAUAUUUAUGUAGAAGGCCAGUUUUUCAGUUGUGGUGAUUAAGGGAAUAGUCACCCAUCAUGUAAAGGGGUGCAAAGUGUGUUUAGUUUUACAGAGCACUUGUAAAAUAAGGUGAUGUAGAAGACUUACAAAUACUGUGCAAUAUGAAAAAACUAAACAAAACUGUCUUUAUGUUCCUUGUAAAUGGAUGUCUGUGAAACUACAAAGCUCCCAUUGUUGUGAAGACUCUGUGAAACACGAUGUUGCAUGUCACUUUUUGGACAGUACUUGAUGACACAACUGUGAUCUGACCUACAUUUGGACUCACCAUUAAUGUGACUGGACCUCCACUACAGCACAGUAUCAACUGCGUAAUUUGUACAGUGUAAAGAUGAUUACUGAGCAACUAACCUCCACUAAACAGAUCACAAUUUUAUGUUUAAACAAGGUAAAUUAUUUCCUAGAGAUCCACCUUGUAGAUUUAUAUGUAUUUAUACAGUGUAACAUUGUACUGUUUGUGCUCUGAUUAUUUGAAGUGUCAUUUAUGUGCCAUAAUGUCAAGACUGGAAUGUGACUGCAGCACUUCAGGAUGGGGCAAUGUGUAUAAAUACUGACACAAAUAAAACUUAAUAUUUC